ACAAGACAUUGAAGGAUAUUGUUAUAUCUCCAGGUAUGAAGGGCAGAGAGAUCAGUUGAUGCAGCAGUCAUUUAACAUGGAGCAAGCAAACUACACCAUCCAGACACUAAAAGACACCAAGACCACUGUGGAUGCGAUGAAAAUUGGUGCCAAAGAAAUGAAAAAAGCGUACAAGAAUGUUAAAAUUGAUCAGAUUGAGGAUCUACAAGACCAGUUGGAGGACAUGAUGGAAGAUGCUAAUGAAGUGCAAGAAGCUCUUAGCCGCAGCUAUGGGACACCAGACAUCGAUGAAGAUGAUCUGGAGGCAGAACUGGAUGCACUUGGUGAUGAACUCCUUUUGGACGAUGACAAUUCCUAUCUGGAUGAGGCUUCUUCUGCUCCAGCUAUACCCGAAGGAGUACCAGGAGACAGAACCACGAAUCGGGAUGGAGUACUGGUGGAUGAGUUUGGCCUUCCUCAGAUUCCAGCUACAUAAUGGAACAAAAUGACAAUACAUCCUAAACCCUCAAAAGAUUUGGACAAAUAUCUACAAACAUAAACACUGGGACAGACCUUCAAUGUCAAGAUUUCAUCUUUUUUUUUAAAUUAGUCUUGAUCUACUUCAGAUUAUAAUCUUUUGCUUCAUAAGAAAUCUAUCCAUGAUAUCUUUUCACAUUAAUCAUUGGGUUCAGAGUUUUUCUUGGUUGGCUUGUUUUUGACUGUGUAUAUAUAUGAUUUAUUUUCUGAAGGAUAUACAGCAGUAGGUGGUUUACUUUGUACUGCAAUACACUUUAUUGAAAGCAUAAAUAAAUAUAAUUUACAUACAA